AUUCAGAACCCAAAAUAGACCAUAAAGGGAUUCUUGACUAGGAAGAUGGGUCCUCACUAGUACAAUAGAGCACACAUCCGGAUACAACUAUUGCUAUCAAUCUAACGUAGCAUAUUGCUUCUCCACCCUGUUGUAGUGGUCGGAGACGUAUGAAAAACUUGAAAGAAAUAGAAUCAAAAGGGUAGAUCCCGACGAAUUAUCGAAAUAUCGUGAAAAACGAAGCUAGAACGUCCGUCACAGUCAUUACCAUACCGACGAGUUCCUCUUUCUGAACAAACUGGUUCGUGGUGUAUAAAUAUUUCGUAGCGAAAAUACGAAAGCAAUCAUGACACGAGGUCUUAAUCCAGCUACGACAUUUUCGGCAGAAGAUGUCCAAACUUUGCGGAAUGUACGAAGAGAUAUUUAUUACCAAGGGAUCAUAGGAGGUGGUAAGCAAAAGAAAUUCAAAUCUCGUAUAGGGAGUAGGAGGGUGAUGGAAUAAAGGGUGGUCAUAUCGACUUAGAAAAUAGGUCUACUCACAAUGCGCUCACUUCGCUGAUUUGUUUUCCCUCUCCUUUGAUAAAAUGUUGAAAUCAUCUUCUGUAUCUCGUUUUGUUCUGGUAACUACAUUCAUUCGGAAGGUCUUGGGCUUUGUGGUSGUUUAGUAACAUACACUGGUGCUCAAUGGGCACGGAAGCUAGGAUUUAUUAAAGGGAAGUCACUGAAUCGUAACACGGGAAUGUUGGUUGUGCUAUCCUCGUUCGCCUUUGGCCAAUUCUUCAUGGCGUCCACCACCGGGAAAGAAUUGGUGCACUUGCUUCAUCCGAUAUACGACGGUUGGAAGGGAGACCCAUCAAGUACAAAUGACGAAAGAGCAAAUCACAAUGCAUCAUCGGGAUUGGUGGAUCCAAAGCGGUUGCGAGAAAUGCGUUACGCGCGACGGAAGAGUCUUAUGGAAACAUUACAUCACCAAAAAGGUGGUAUUAGUGAUUCGCAUUCCGGACACUGGGUCGAAGAGAGAUCUAGUGAAGAAGGUGCACAUGACGUUGGCAGCGAAUCACCAGCACAGGUGGAUCCACAACGGUUACGCGAGAUGCGUUUGGCUCGUAGAAAGAGUCUCAUGGAUACAAUGUUUCACCAAAAUGGUGGUAUCAGUGAUUCGCAUUCUGGGCGAUGGGUAGAAGAAAACAGUGAAACCAAGUUCAAAAAGGAAUACUAACGAUAGACACAUGUCAGAUAUUCAAGACGCGAGCAGAAUUGUAUUCGUACCAUGCUUUGGAUCAAAUAGAAUUUACAAGACAAACAAACCCUUUGGUCAAAAGGUGUGGAUGUUUUUAAUUAUGCGAUGAUUUCAGUUUGCACCACGGUCAGGUAUUUCGCAAACAUCAGAGUGUGGAAAGCUUUCUUCAUGCUAAUUAGAAAAUACUGUUCAUCUGUUAAUGGUUUCUUUGAAGUGAAGGGUUGUGAGGCAUUCAGCCGUUGCCACAUUUCGACUCAAAGAAAACCGGGUCCAAUAUGUGCACAACCGUGGUCAUCGCCACAACGAGUUUUUGAUAAUUCAAUUUUAUAAAGUUAACCACCACGCUACAUAUUCCAACUUAUAUGAAAGUGCCUAAUAUUUAUGGUUCUACAGCGCCUAGUGGAAGCCUCCAUACACGACAUCUACGCUUUUUGGAUCAAUCAUGUACGUAGAUCGUCCCGACUCUCGCACGACUUUCAUCAAUGUAAACGCAAUUACACCGCAAUUGACAACUUUCUUUUUCUUGCCAACAUGGUUCUCCUCGAAGGGCAAAAAAGUUCGAAAGAACGAUCGGAACCAGAUGGAAUGACCACCAACGAUGACAUUCUCUUCCGUGACGGACGAGGAGAAAAUAACAUCGCAAAAUUUCCGCAUGCGCUUCAAGCCGUUGGUCCCGACCGGUUUGUUGCCCAUGUGCAGGCUCAUGUCAACCUGAUUCAUAAAGGUAGACUGAAAGUCGCAUAGUUUCGAUCCCUUGUCUAUCCACGAUGCCUGGAUCUGUGUCUGAGCAGGUGUGAUCGACAAGGUAUCGGGAUUGCGACUGAUUUCUUGCAAGGAUGGCAGGAUUAGAAUCUUUUCUUGAGGUCUACGAGCAAGUCUAUCUUUGAAACCACCCGCUACAGUUGUUACAGCACGUCUUAGACUCGAGGACACCAAUUUGGAAGGUGGAGCAUCCUUCUUUGCCAUUAGAACCGCUACGUGUUUUGCUACUGGAUCGCUUUCGUCUAGAUCUCUGGCUGAUUCGAAAAAUUUCGAUAGUUCAUCAACUUGAUUUAGUCCAAGAACUGAAGUCGGAGAAUCGUAGAACCAGCUUCAUUGUUUUCCCAUUUCAACGCACAAUUAUGAUUCAUAUGAAAAAAAAAUUGAGCCGAGACGAAUGAAUUCUUUCGAACCCUAAAUUUCAUUACACUUCGGGAAACUCACCUAUCCAUCUUCCCCAAAAGGAUCAAAUAAAGCUCGAAAACAACCGAUUUGAUCAAACCAGGAAUAAAGCCGAUGGCAAAGGCAGCUUGUGAUCGGUGACUUCCCUUGUUGAAAGUAUCGUUCCACGUAGAUUCUCCAUGUCUCACAAAGUAAAUCGUUUUUCGUUCAACAACCUCAGCAACGAGAGUCCCCUCUUUUUCUGCCUCCAAGAUGGGAUCAAAAGUAAUGCUAGGGCAUUGGGGUUUCCUCCAGGAUUUAUCAUUACAAAAGAGCAAAUAAAGCAAGCCCCGAAGAUACAUCCCGAUCUUGUAGAUCAACGUGGGGAGGUUGAACAACAUCAUCGCAAAAAUCAGGAUAAACGCCGGCCGGAUGAACGAGACGAUUUCUGCUAGCAAGCCCAUUGUAAGUUAGUGUUUCUUUCGGGUGAUACCAAGAAUUGAAGGAAUCGCAAAUGUCUGGUUUGCUGGUUACAAAGUUUUGUGGAUGCCAGGUAUUGUACUACUGGUACUUCUGUUCCUGUUUCAUCGCUUGUUCAUUGAAUUUCGAUAAAAGAACACUCGGUUCAGACACAAAAACUAAUGAUUUUUUAUGGAGAAGUGGUUUUUUGGACAUACUGUAUUUUUGGACAUACUGUAUCGUACUGUACCAAUUUUGUUACGUGAAAUUUAAUCUACUUCUUCUGGCUCUGAACAAUGAGGUUAAAUUAAUUUCCCGCAGUCCCCAUAUUCAAAAUACAAAAUACGCAUACAC